CAGCAGUCCACCCGCGCCCUGUACCUAAUGACCACGCAGUGAUUUCAGCAGGCUGCCCCUCUCUGCGCCUUCCCCCAAUUCCCAUACAAAACCCUCUCAGCCAGCUCCCUGCAAUCGUUCCUGCCGCACCCGGAUCCCCACCCACCAAGCAGCCCACCCUCGACCAGGAAUACGCUUGGGCCAGGACACAACACACCCAACACGCGCAACACACGGGGCGCUCGGCGGUCAACGCAUUGGAGCAGCAUCUUUUUGGUUCUUGGAUAGAACGUACGCACCUCGGACGCGUCUGCACUGCUGCUCGCGCUCUCUGUGUGCACUGGGACUGACCAGACCGAAGACGACACGAGUCAGCCAUACGAUAACCCAUCGCUACCAUGGCGCGCCUCAGUGGCCUCCCCAGCGAGCACCACCACGAAGGGCCCGGCGACGCGCCACGACGCAGGCGGGGUCGCCCGUCGAAGAGCUCGCAGAGCACUCAGAGCACCCAGAGCACCCAGGAGGCGGUCACAGUCACAACAGGCAAGCGCGCCGCCUCGCCGCUUGCGUCGCAGUCACAGUCGAAGCGCACGAAGCGCGUGCAGACAAUCAUCGAGGAGCAGGACGAGGACGACGACGGCUCCUCGCAGCUCGAGGCCGAGUUCCAGCAGUCAGUCACCCGCACACAGUACCUCCCUACCGACACGGUGCCGACGGAGAUCCAGUCGUCGCCCAUUGUACGCCGCACGCGUCGCGCCUCGGAGCCUGUCGUGGCCGCCUACGACGACGACGACGAUGACCUUGCUGGACCUGCCACACAGCCUCUGCCGGGUCUGACGCCCCAUCUUGACCGCAUUGGCGCCUCACGGGCCAAGUUCGCCAGCCGCCGCCGCGAGCGCAUGUCCAUGCCCGCCCAGCUGCACGUCGAACGCGUCGACGACGCCGACCUCAGCGGCCACCGCUUCCAGUACGCGCCUCUCACAGCUGUGCUCGAUGGCCGCACCCGCCGCCGCCUUCGCCGCAGCCACCUCAGCCAAGAGGUCAACGAGAUCGAGGACAGCCGCAAGCGGGGCAAAAAGCAGCUGCUGGAACUGCGCCGCGAGCUCAAGGUGCGCGACGAUAGAAUUCAGGACCUUGAGUUCCGCCUCGAAGCCAGCCGCCUGGGUAACAUCCAGAUGAGCGAUGCAGACCACGAGGACCUUGCAGAACAGCUGGAGGAUGCCCGCCGCGAGCUCGACGAGCUCCGUAACAGCGCACAGUACAUGGGCUCGAGCGAUCGUGACCUCAGCCGCGAGCUCGAUGGCACCACCGAACCCUUCGACAACGACGACGACGACGAUGAAGACUUCAUGCUGGUCGAGCCCCACGAGCUCAACGUGUCGCAGGAACUCGAGAUGGAGUAUGCACCCAACGGCCCUUACGCAUCACGCGUGCUCGAGCUGUCGCAAGAAGUAACACUCGAGCACCUGCCCUCGAUCAGCCAGCUGCGCGUCGACACACUGGAGGACGAUGACGAAGCCAUGGCACCGCAGACCAUCCACGACCAGGCCGUCGAGCGUUACGAGCGUGAAAUCCAGAGGCUGAUGCAGGAGACUGCCGAGGCCGUCGGCGCCCUUCGUGUCAUCUCGAUUGAGAUUCAGAACCUAGGCUUCUUGAAGCGCGGCGCCAGCAGCGCCGACAUUCUGAGCUCUCUGCGCACCGGCUUCGCUGAGCUUCGCACUGCUAUCGAAAAGUAUUUUCCCAACGAGACCCAGGGCAUCACCAACGAGCAGCUGCUUCGCAAGAUCCCCAAGCUCUUCAAUGGCAUCUUCUUUGAGCUGAAGGAGAAGACCGAGAUCGCAACCGCCGCACAAGACACCGAGGUCCUUCUGCGCCGCCAGUACGAGGGCGUCUUGGACUUGCUUGGUGAGGCCGAGGAGCGCAAAGUCGAGCUCGAUAAGAAGGUCUACACUCUCGACAAGGGCAACGAGGAGAAGCAGCGCACCAUUGUCGACCUCGAGGAGCGUGUGCAGACCUUGACAGAUUUGACAGAAGACCAGGAGGCGGAGCUGAGACAAAAGGUCCUCCAGAACGACACACUUGUGGAGCAAGUGGACGACAAGGACUCCGAUCUCGACCGCCUCCGCGAAUCUCUCGAGACCUACCGCGCCGAUGUCGAGACGCUCACGCAGACGACCACCAUGCUCGAGACGGAAUAUCAAGAGCGCAUCGCGCGCAUGGAAGAAGACCAUGCAGACAUCGUCGCAGACCUCCAGGCAUUACUCGACGUGGAGCAAGAGGGUCGCGAGGUUGCUGAGGACGAGGCGGCCCAGAAGACUGGCUUCAUCGAGGAGCUGCAGGACCGUGUUGACUCGAUGGAGACUGACUUUAGUGCCAUAGAAGAAACUUUGGCUGAUCUCCGCGAAAAGCUCGAGCAAGAGACGGAUGCUCGCGCCGCUGCCGAGACAGAGUCUGAGGAGCAGGGCCAGAUCAUCUACGACCACACCAACACAAUCGAAAACCUCACCGAAACAAUCAACGAGCUGACCGACCAGCUUGAGGCAGCCAAGGCCAACAUCCUCGCUGAGCAAGGGCAGCGUGAGACCACCGAGACUGCCCUCGACGAAGCCAACGACAAGAUCGAGGAUCUCAACGACAAGGUCCACCAGCUUGGUAUUCAGACCAACGAGCUCCGCAGCAAACUGUUCCAAGUUCAGCAGGAGAAGGAGCACGAGAUCCUAGAGAUGCAAGCUGCGAACGAGGAACGUGAGGCCGAGCUCACCGAGCAGCUAAACACCGAGCAAGAGCUGCGCGAGGGGGCGCAGCAGGCUAUUGCCGACAUGGAGAAGCAGCUCGCCACUCUGCGCGAGACGCUCGCAGUGUCCGAGGCUGACCUCGCUAAGAUGAGUGAAGCUCGCGACCAGCUUGAGGCGGGCCGCGAGGUUCAGGUCAGCGACCUCACCGGCGAGCUUGCAGAGUUGGAGGCCAAGCAUGCCGCACUCGAGAGCUCAUCCAGCUCCGAGAUUACCUCUUUGCAGGCGCAGAUCACCGACCUCACUAACGAGAACGCGCGCAAGCAGGCCGAGAUCCAGGGUCUUGCUGAGCGUCUUAUCGCAGCCGAGCAAGCACACAAGGAAGAGACGCUUGCACUGGACAGCAACAUAGCCAGUUUGGAGCGCGACCUCGCCGAGGCGCAGGCAGACAACGAGGCGUAUCGCAAGGAGAACGAGUCGCUGUCUGAUCGCGUUGGUCGCGAGGCAGUCGAGCUUCUCACCAUCACUAACGCGCACGCCGACGAGGCUGCCGCUCUGAAGGUCGUCAUUGAAACCCAGAACGACACCAUUUCCGAGCUGCAGAACCAGAACGCAAAUCUCGAAUCCGAGCAGGAGGCUGUCCUUGUUGAGAAGGACACUCAGAUCGAGGAGCUCCACCUCCUUGCUGACGAGCGCGCCGAGAAGCUCGUCCAGGUCGAAGCCGCACGUCUUGACGUGGUCAAGGAGUUCGCCAAGUUUGAGCAGGACACCCGCGAGACCAUCGACCGCAUGACGCUGCAGCAGCGCGUCCUGCAGGAGCAGAAUGAGGCGCUCGCCGAAGACCUCAAGAAGCGUGGUGCCGAUGCCGUCGCCGCUGUGCGUGCCAUGAAGGUCAAGGGCCUCGAGGUCAAGACUACAGGCGUCGAUCUGCACCGCGUUGCGACAGGCAAGGUUGGCAAGAUCACCGAGAAGGUCAAGGUCAGCAAGAAGAGCAAGGGUGGUAGGAAGGUCGCGAAGAGGCAGUGGGACAGCGGCUUUGGCGUUGACGAGAACGUUGAGGAGCUCGACGGUGCGGAGAUUGGUGAGGCCGCUUAGACAACGCACUGUUGUUGAGCACCUGUACAUGCUUCUUGGCGUGUACAUGUGUCUUUCUGCGCUGCUACGACAGCAUUUCUUGGAUCAAAUUUUUCUUGGAUACCCGCAUCGGGUUGUUGGAUACGAACAUCUGCACACGACUUGAUGAUGGCACUUCUUCGGCUGAGAGUCGUUCGCUACACUGUAGCUACAUUAGGGUGGGAUUUCUUUGCAUAGCGCGGCGUGUCAGAUUGGAUACACAUAGUUUGUAAAACGGGUAUUACGUAGUAUGGGUAAUCUUAUCGUCAUCUCAUCAG